AGCUGUUGGGUGGCCCAGGGCUGAGGACGCGGUGACGAGUAGACAUGGCUCAAUUUUCUGAGGUCCUGGCUGAAAUAGGCGACUUCGGUCGCUUCCAGAUACAGCUGAUGAUACUACUGAGUGUCCCCAACUUCCUGACUGCCUUCUACAUGUUUGCCCAGGUCUUCAUGGUCCUGGAUGAGACCCAUCACUGCUCCGUGGACUGGGUCAAGAACCACACUUGGAACCUGAGUGCUGCUGAGCAGCUGUCCCUAAGCGUGCCUUUGGAUGCCGCAGGCAAGCCUGAGCCCUGCCUCAUGUUCCGGCCGCCCCCUGACGGUGCCAGCCUGGAGGACAUCCUCAGCCACCGCUUCAAUGAGACACAGGCUUGCGAGAUGGGCUGGGACUAUCCUGAAGACAGGCAGCCAUCCCUAGUGAAUGAGUUCAACCUGGUUUGCGAUCGGAAGCACCUGAAGGCGACCUCGCAGUCAGUGUACAUGGCGGGGCUCCUCGUGGGUGCUGUCAUCUUUGGACCCCUCUGUGACUGGAUUGGCCGCAAGGCCACUAUCCUGGUGCAGCUGCUGUUCUUCGCGCUCUUCGGUCUGGCCACAGCCUUUAUGCCCAACUUCGAGCUCUACAUGGUCCUGCGCUUUGCUGUGGCUACUGCCGUUGCUGGAUACACCUUCAGCAAUGUCACUCUCCUUACAGAAUGGGUGGGGCCCUCGUGGAGGACUCAGGCUGUGGUCCUGGCCCAGUGCACCUUCUCGCUCGGGCAGAUGGCGCUUGCAGGCCUUGCCUACGGUGUCCGUAACUGGAGGCUCUUCCAGAUUGCUGGCACUGCACCUGUCUUGCUGCUGUUCUUCUACUUCUGGGCUCUGCCAGAAUCGGCACGGUGGCUCCUGACCCGGGGGCGGGUUGAGGAGGCUAAACAAGUGCUCCAGAAGGCAGCUUCGGUCAACAAGCGGAAACUCUCCCCAGAGCUCCUGAGCCAGCUGGUCCCAGAGAAGACAGGCCCCUCAGGGAAUGCCCUGGAUCUGUUCAGACACCCCCAGCUCCGGAAGGUGACCCUGAUUCUCUUCUGCGUCUGGUUUGUGGACAGCCUGGGGUACUUCGGCCUGAGCCUCCAAGUAGGGGACUUCGGCCUGGACAUCUACCUGACACAGCUCAUCUUCGGCGCAGUUGAGGUGCCCGCCCGCUACUCCAGCAUCUUCAUGAUGCAGUGGUUUGGCCGCAGGUGGAGCCAGCUGGGGACUCUGGUUCUGGGUGGCCUCAUGUGUAUCACCAUCAUCUUCAUCCCAGCAGAUCUGCCCGUGGUGGUCACUGUGCUGGCCGUGGUGGGGAAGUUUGCCACGGCUGCUGGGUUUACCAUCUCCUACGUGUACUCUGCGGAGCUCUUCCCCACCGUCAUCCGGCAGACGGGCAUGGGGCUCGUGGGCAUCACGUCAAGGAUUGGGGGCAUCAUCACGCCACUCGUGAUCCUGCUGGGCGAGUACCACGCAGCCCUCCCCAUGGUCAUCUAUGGCAGCCUCCCCAUCGGGGCAGGCUUGCUCUGUGCGCUGCUGCCAGAGACACGCGGCCAGACCCUGAAGGACACCAUCGCGGACCUGGAGCAGGGGCCCCACCCACAGUCUCUGAAGUCAGCGCCCUCAGAAAAGAAAAUAGAGGCCACAGGAAGAACCUCCGGCCCAGGGCUGGCCUUUGUGAGCAGCACGUACUUCUGAUUCUAUUCUCCUGUACACGUCUGAGACCUGAAGGCAAGACCAGCUCUGCUGAUGGACGUGGCUCAGCACCGGCACCCAUCGCCGAGCCCACUCCCAGGGGCACCUGGGACAGGGCCUGCGUCCUUCAUCAUCUUUUCUAUCCCAGAUCCCACCUCUAACACCCUCCUCUGGGUUAGGUCUUGGGUGG